GGCGGCCCGAAGCCGAAGAGCGGCGCCACGGGACGGGAGCGAGCGGGCGCGGGCGCCGCGCAGAUGGCCGGGGCAAGCAAGGUCUGAGGCUGGGUUCCCUGAAACGUGACCAUGUGGAUCCAACAGCUUUUAGGACUCAGCUCCAUGCCCAUUCGCUGGCCCGGCCGCUCUCUCGGAAGCCAUCUCUGGAUACUGAUAGCCAUGCUGCAACUUGCGGUCGACUUCCCAUCCUGUGACUCACUGGGCCCCGGGCCCGAGUUCCGACUCCUGUCACGUCCACAGAGGCCCCAGAGGCUUUGGAGUCUGCGAACUGGACCUCCAACGAGGCUACCAACACCGGCCUGGAGUCCCCGUGCAGCCCGGGCUGAACGUGCCCACGGGCCCAUACAGAUGCAGACUCCCCGUGCUCGGAGGGCCCACAGGCCCAGGGACCAGGUAGCCACCCUCGGACCCAAAGGGGGACUCACCAAGCCUCCAGCUGCCACCCGAUCCAGUCCUUCCCUCACCUCUGCAUCAGCCUCAUCCUCCAUGACUGCUGGGGCUGCAGAGCAUCAGAGCCUCCUAAAGCGGGGUAGAAGGCACACACACGAUGCAGAGUUCAACGACUUCGACUUUCAUGGUGGCAGGCCCACGACAGAGACAGAAUUCAUAGCCUGGGGUCCUACAGGGGAUGAGGAAGCUCUGGAGUCCAACACCUUCCCUGGUGGUUUUGGCCCCACUACAGUCUCCAUCUUGCAAACACGGAAGACGACUAUGGCCGCCACCACCACCACCACUGCGGCCAGCACGGCCACCGCCAUGACACUGCAGACUAAGGGGGUCACUGAGUCCCUGGAUCCCUGGAAAAGGACCCCUGUUGGGGUUAGCACAACGGAGCCUUCCACUAGUCCCAGCAACAAUGGGAAAGACAUCCAGCCCCCCAGGAUCUUGGGGGAGACCUCAGGUCUGGCUGUGCAUCAGAUCAUCACCAUCACCGUCUCCCUCAUCAUGGUCAUCGCCGCGCUCAUCACAACUCUUGUCUUAAAAAAUUGCUGUGCCCCAAGUGGGCACACUCGGAGGAACAGUCACCAGCGGAAGAUGAAUCAGCAGGAGGAGAGUUGCCAGAACUUGACGGACUUCACCCCGGCCAGGGUGCCCAGCAGCGUGGACAUCUUCACUGCUUAUAAUGAGACACUGCAGUGUUCCCACGAGUGUGUCAGGGCCUCCGUGCCCGUCUAUGCCGAUGAGACACUGCACUCGACCGGGGAGUACAAGUCUACGUUCAAUGGAAACCGAUCCUCCUCUGCGGAUAGGCAUCUCAUCCCUGUGGCCUUUGUGUCUGAGAAAUGGUUUGAAAUCUCCUGCUGACUGGCCGAAGGCUUUUUACCUCCUGGGGGCGGGGCAGACGCCAUGUGUCUGUUUCAUGGUGCGUGUGCAUGUGUGGUAUGUUAUUGUUGGCUCUGUGCUUCUGUGGUUGUGUGCUUCUGGAGUCCAGAGGUCACGUUGGAUGUCUUCCUCCAUUAAUUGCUACCAUAGUUUUUGAGACGGAGACCCUCACUGACCGGGAACUCACCAAUUCUGCUAGGCUGGCAGGCCAAUAAGACCCAACGAUCCUCCUGCCUGGGUCUCCCCAACACAGGGAUUGUAGACCUACAUGGAUGUGCCCACCUUUUAUGCGUCUCUGUGGGUCCAAGCUCAGGUCUUCAUGCUCACGUAAAAGGAUUCCGUUGGUGAACUUGUACAAACAAAACAACAAAACAAAAAAUUAUAAGACCUAAACCUAAACUAUCUAAGGGGAGGGUCCCGCACCCGCUGCUUCUGCUUGCCGGCGGGAACUCAGCAGAGCAGGACACCCAAGGCCAAAUCUAUUUUUGUAAAAUUGCUCGUGCCUAGGGGCGCUCCCUUCUCCCAGAGUUUUCUUCGGAGAGCGGAAAGAAGAAAUGCAAGAGACGGCAGAGAAAGCCAAGCAGAAGGACAGGAGGCAGCUCCCGACGCCUGGGACUUGCACCACGAUUCUGAACCUGUGCCAAUAAUACCACUAUGUGCCAUGUAAUGACCCGGAAGCUCGGCAGGAGCCGAGCCCAGCGAACCACGCGGAGAGAUCUUAACAGAGGACAGGGGUGGGGGAUCACUUCCGGUAGGGUGGGGAUCACUUCCGGUAGGGUGGGGAUCACUUCCGGUAGAGUCACUAUUUCUGGUUAAUAUACAUAUAUAAAUAUAUAAAUACCAACACACAGACACACACCCUUUUUUUUGUACUGUAGCAAUUUUUGAAGAUCUUCAAUGUUCCUUUUUAAAAAAGAAAAAAAAGAAUUGUGUUAUAGUCACAAAACUUGAUUUAUUUAACAUGCUUAGUAUGAACAGAAUAAACUUGUGUUUUGUACUUUGGCAGCUCACAUCACACGCAGCACACAUGCGCACACACGCACACGCACAUACAAACAUACAAGCAUUUAUACGCAUAUAUUGGAGAAACCGUUCCGCAGGUGACCUUGUAUGUCGUCAGUCAUGAAGGGAGACAGCCUCAACCCAGAUGACGAGCCCUCACAUGACAAUUUACAUCCAUCUGUCAAACACUCGCUGAAUGGUACUUGUGUGUGGCUUUUCACUUGGGCCAGAAUUAAGAAUACCGUGGUUUUCUCUCUAUGUAUUCACACACACACGGUCCGUGCUGCAUUUCUUCCUUUAACUGUCUGAGGAUGCUUACGGCCACACGCGUCCACGUAGCCGACUGCCAACGAGUGAGCCUGAGAACCAGGUUGGGUGGGUGGCGGAUUCUCGAACAUUUGUGUUAUACAAACAUAGACUGAACUAAAGAAAUUUUCCAGUUCCAUAAUUAAAGGAAUAUAUCCGUA